UCUAUUUAUGUUACUGUGUUUACAGUGAGGUUUUACAUAAGGUGACUGUAUGGCGAAAUGACAUUUGACAGAUUACGGUUUAACAAUAUGGCAAAUUAUUAUAAAUUCGCAUAUAAGUCACGUCCAUGACUAACAGACAAAUGUGGAUUUGUUAUCAACCUUCAAUGUCAGCGGUGUGGAUGCUGCUUUUAGAAGCCAGGGAAGGAUGAGCAACCAAGAACUGAGCAUUGGUUCAGCAAAACCAGCUGAGCUUUUCGAGGAACUAUGGAAACAACUAAGACAGUGUCACCAGGAAACACUGCAAGUGCUGGAAGCAAAAGUGAGCAACUUGAAAAAGGACCGCUGUCUAGAUGCUCAGAGGCUUGAAGUGUUUUAUAGUCGUAACCAGCAGCUGAAGGAGGAAAACAAAAAACUGCAGGAAGCUGUCAGUCAUUUGGAGGAAAGGCUCCGAGCAAGGGAGUGCGAUCGAUGUGCCACCUUAGGGGAGGAGCUGAAAAACAAGGAGGAUCAGCAUCGGAGUCUAAUCACUAAAAUGACAAAUGAAAAAGAUGACGUGGAAGAGGAAAACAGAAAAAUGCAUGUUGAACUACAGAAAUGUAAACUGACUUGCUCAAGGUCACAGCAGGCCACGGCCACAGAACAAGAAGAAGACUUCAUCCCAAACUCACCCGUCCUGCCUAGCUCACUGCCCGCGACAAACAAGCUCAAGAAACAUAGAAACGUUGACAAAAACAGACGCCUUCGUUACAUAGAGUUUCCUUUACCGCGUCCUAACAACACGCUCUUCAGAGAGAUAAGUGAGGAGCCUGUUGAUGCUGCAAAGGAUCCUGGGAGAGAGGAAGUACUUGUACCUAACACGUGUGUCCUGGAUUUUACACAAACUUCAGAUGGGAAUCACGAAGGAGAAGAGGUGGUCGCUGAAACGUGCGGUCUUGAACCGUUUGUCCCUGUGAACAACGGGACCUCAGAACUUCCAAGUCGCUCGAAUAAUCCUAAGAUGAAUAACAUUCGUGCCAUACCAGACCUACCCACGAAGACUUCACCGUCGCUGCUUUAUCAAGACAAGCGGUUCUCCGAAAAUGGCUCCAUUCCCAGAGCCAAACGCAAGAAGGAGGACAGUGAGCAAGAUGACAACGAACAAAGAUUUCAGGAGGUCAAAUCAGCGCAGAAACGAGCCAGUGUUUCUUUUUUGAGUCCCGCCUUUAAGAAGACAGACGUCAAAAACGAGGACGAGAGGACCAUCACUGAGCGUAAAAGAUCCCCUCUGCAGGACGUGAACAUGUCACAUGGCCAGCCGGAUGCAUUACAAAAAAGGAGGCUGAAAGUGGAACAAAUGUGGAGCAUUGACCCAGCACUGGCUCUGUCAAUGUAUGAGGGCGACUGUACGGAUGAAGAGCAGCAACUCGAAGAGAACAAUGAAAAUGUUGAGGACACAGAUACCACCUGGGUCAGUCACAGCAUGCUCCAGGGUCGGGGACUAAAAGCCCUGGACAGACAGAACAGCCUUUGUGGACUUGGUGGGAAGGCGAAUGACAGUUUGGAAUUGAUGUUUGACACUACGGCUCAUGAAGAGUAUAAGUCCUACAGCUGCUCAGAUUCAUUCCAGAGCCAGUCAGGUGCUGCUGCUGUAAAUGAUAAUGAUGAUGAUGAGGAGGAAGAGGAGGAGGAGGAGGACAAUGACAGUGAACAAAUCAGUCCUGGAAGCUUUGCGGGUCAAAGGAAAGCCCAAGAACCAACAUUUGCUCACGUGGCAGUCGUUCGCAAGAAAGACGAGAGAAGAAAACUGAAGGGCACGACCUGCAAAGAAUGUGAAAUCUAUUACGCUCACCUCCCAGAGGAAGAGAAGCUGAGGAAGUUGUCUGAAUGCUCAAGACAUCGCUUCCGGUACAUUCCUCCUUCUACUCCCGAAAACUUCUGGGAAGUCGGAUUCCCAUCAACACAGACGUGCAUCGAAAGAGGUUAUAUCAGGGAAGAGAAGAAUCCGCAGUUACGUUCAAGGAGAAGACAACCAUUCAACGCUCUGUUUUCCCCAAAGGAGGACAGACACUUGGAGGACGGUUGAAUUUUAUAUAUCGUGUUGGUGGAACUGUUCGUCUGAGGACUUUUUAAAUUGCACUGCAAAAGGAUUUAUCAUACUUGGUACACACUGGAGUUACAUUUAGCGUAAUCCAGCAUUUUAUUGAGACAGUAAUAAUAA